AUGAAUCCGAUGCUGUGCGAUUUCAUUGCCGGUUCCUUCGGUGGGGCCUGCGGUUUGCUGGUUGGCCAUCCGAUGGACACCAUUAAGGCAUGGCAGCAGAACUCCAACUACGGCAUGGGAAGCGCUAUGUACAACAUCAUCAUACGCAACAACGGUCUCCGAGGAUUCUAUCGUGGAAUGUACUUCCCGCUCCUAUCGAACGGUGCCUUGAAUUCGGUCGUCUUUGCCGUGUACGGUUCCCAUCUGCGCUAUCUACAGAAGCACACACGAUCGGAUCGUCUCCGGAAGGCUUACUGGAGAAAGCAUGUGUUCCUGGCAGGUUCCAUGGCCGGACUGGCUCAGGUGUUUCUGGCCUGCCCGAUCGAGGUGGUAAAGGUACGCCUGCAGACGCUAUCCUUUAUCGGUCAUCCGUGGGCCUGUCUGAAGGAUAUUUUCCGGCGCGAAGGCUUCUCGGGAAUUUAUCGUGGCAUCACGCCGAUGAUGUUCCGCGACGUGCUACCGUACGGCGUGUACAUGUACGUGUAUGAGUACAUGCUGGAAAUUGAGGAGCGAUUGCACCGACUCAGCAAGGAACGGCUUACCGGUGUACCGAUCGGUGGCGCGCUUCAAGCAUCGUUAAUAGCGACGGCAGGUGCCGUUGCCGGUGUUGCCUCGUGGAUGUUCAUCGUGCCAUUCGACGUGGUAAAAACGGUCAUGCAGGCAGAAACGGAUCCUUCGGUGCACAAAAGCAUGAUGCACUGUUUCCGAUCGAUGAUCAAGAAACAUGGAUGGCGCUCACUGUUUCGGGGCAGCCUGGUCAUUAUUGCCCGUGCAGCACCCGUCAAUUCGGCCACCUUUCUCGGAUAUGAGUACUGCUUGGAGAAGUGUCACCACCUGCUAGAUGAGAAGUGA